AUGGCAGUUACUCCAGAUCUCUUAUUAGAUCCUCAAUUGAAAUAUUGGGUAUUAUUACCCAUCUCAUUAACUAUGGUCUUAGUAGGACUCUUACGAUCAAACAUAACCACUUUGUUCAUCACCCCCAAACCAAAACUUCCUGCCUAUAAAAUAUCACGACAACAACAAUUUCUUCAACAAGUAACCUCCUUCAAAUCCAAUAACAAUAAAGUCCUCACUCCGGAAGAAUUCUCACAAAGGAAACAAUAUUAUUUAUCCCAAUUAUCCGACACCCAUUUCCAAAACAUCGACCCAUCCCAAUCAUCAUCAGAACAACAACAACCAUCAUUAUCCCAAUUAUUCGACCCAAACCAGAAUGAAGCCAUGAUGAAUAUGGCAAAAGGGAAUCUCCUCAAUUAUAUCCCCCAAACCAUAAUCAUGGCCUGGGUGAAUUAUUUCUUUGCCGGAUUCAUAAUCAUGAAACUCCCUUUCGGGAUCACCGAUGGAUUUAAACCAAUGUUACAAUCAGGUGGAGCUCCACCUGAUUUAAGUGUGAGAUAUGUUUCGUCAAUCCUGUGGUAUUUUGUCAAUUUGAUGGGGUUGAAGCCGAUUUAUUCGUUGAUUAUGGGAAGAGGUGAAGCUGAUGAAUUGAUGAUGCAACAGACUCAACAACAACAACAGCAGGCUCCAGUGAUGGGUGGUGGACCGGGACAGCCGCUGGCUGAUAAGGUUUUCAAGAAGGAGUUUGAGAAUGUUCAGAUUUUGGAACAGACGGAGUCGAUAUAUGUUGGUAUUGUUGAUCGAGUUUUGAAGCAGUAUGAAUAG